CUACGCGUUACUGAGAAGGUCCAAAGAGCGCCAGAACCUGGACGGCCUGAACAACCUGCGGUACUCGCCGCGUAUCACCUCCCACCCGCUAUACAAGAACAUUACGGUAGAGCUAACUCCGGAGCUGGCUGUGGAUGAGCUUCUGCUGACUCCACUUCCAGCUCCUCCGGGUACAAUGAGCGCCGCUCUUCUCUUCAUCCUCAUCCUCCUCACUGUCCUCGCCUGGACUGCCUUCCUACGGAGGAACAGGAGGCAGAGGGAGCCGCCGCUGGACCUCGGAGUCAUCCCGUGGUUGGGUCACGCUCUGGAAUUUGGGAGAGACGCGGCUGCCUUCCUGACACGUAUGAAAGCCAAACAUGGAGACGUGUUCACGGUCCAGGUGGCCGGGAGAUUUGUCACCGUUCUCCUGGAUCCGCUCUCCUAUGACCGCGUUGUCUGGGAGUCCGGCCGCAAGUUGGACUUUGGGAAGUACGCCAAGAUUUUAAUGGAACGAAUGUUUGAUGUCACACUGCCGGACUAUGAUGUCAGAGCGGAGAAGGCCGUCCUACGAUCGCAUCUACAGAACGUGCCGAGUCUGACCAGCGCCAUCUUCAUCCACCUGUCCGCCAUAUUGAAUGCCGGCACCGUCUCCGCAACAACAUGGAGGGAGGACGACCUCUUCAACUUCACGUACGGCGUCAUGAUGAGGGCCGGAUAUUUGACACUGUUUGGGUCGGAGUCAGAACAGCCGUUGGCGCCGGGGAGGGACGUGCGGCACUCACUCCAUGUGUACAGAGAGUUCCGGAAGUUUGACCGGCUGCUGAUGAAAAGUGCCCGCGGAGUACUAUCCGGAGGGGAGAAGAAGGAGGCGGCCAUGCUGAAGGAAAACCUCUGGCAGCUGCUGGACUCCAACACCCUGCGGAGGAGAACCAAUCAGAGCGGCUGGCUGACGGCUUACCUGCAGCACCUGGAGGACCUGCAAGUGUCCAGAGAUAUGCAGAGCCGCGCGAUGCUGCUGCAGCUGUGGGCGACACAGGGCAAUGCCGGUCCAGCUGCCUUCUGGCUUCUGCUGUUCCUGCUGAAGCACCCCGAGGCAAUGGCGGCCAUUGAAGGUGAACUGAAGGCAACGCUACAGAAUGAGACGGGACUGGAAGAGAUCAGCCAGAGCGUGCUGGAGAGGACGGCCAUAUUCAACGGCGUGUUGGAGGAAAGUCUCCGGCUGACAGUGGCUCCAUUUAUCACCCGCGAGGUGCUGACCGAGCUGCCGCUGAGACUGGAGGACGGGAGGGAGUACCUGCUGAGGGCGGGGGACAGACUCUGCCUCUUCCCC